AUGACUUCCAGUGGCAUGAACAUGAUGAGCAAGAUCAUCUUCUACGAGGAGAAGAACUUCCGGGGCCGCUCCUACGAGUGCAUGAGCGACUGCCCUGACAUGUCCUCCUACAUGAGCCGCUGUCAUUCCUGCAGGGUGGAGAGGGGCUGCUUCAUGGUCUACGACCGCACCAACUUCAUGGGAAACCAGUUCUUCAUGAGGAGAGGCGAGUAUGCCGACUACAUGAGCAUGAUGGGCAUGAGUGACUGCAUCAGGUCAUGUCGCAUGAUCCCCAUGCACAGAGGCUCCUUCAGGAUGAAGAUCUACGAGAGGGAGAACUUCCAGGGCCAGAUGCACGAGGUGAUGGAGGACUGCGAGGACAUCAUGGACCGCUAUAGCAUGUCUAACUUCAUGUCCUGCAACGUGAUGGAGGGCCACUGGCUGAUGUACGAGCAGGCUCACUACAGAGGAAGAAUGAUGUACAUGAGGCCUGGAGAGUACAGGAGCAUCAUGACCAUGGGCUCAAGCAGCAUGAGGGUCAUGAGCAUGAAGCCUAUCAUGGAAUCCUGCCACUAGACGACGACUCGUGAUGGUGCAGCAAUUAGUUUUGAAACAAACUCUUAAGCA